CGAGAAACUUUCUCUGUGUGUGCAUUUGUUUGUGAAAUUCGUCAUAUUGUUUUUAUUUAGUUCUUUUAUUUGGAUUCGCCGACUUCAGAAAGUUGCGUUUCUCGGCGACGGGGCGUUCUUCGUGAAUCAGGAGUAUUCUCCAACGGAUCAGCGGAACAAGAAAAAGAAUUGGAGUUGAAGUUAAUAAAUCAUCUAUCAUGGCAGCGUUUAAUUGGGGUACGGAUGAUGGAGGAGCGGCUGGUGAAGGGUGAAUACUGCCUGAGCACAUCCGGUGUUGGAUCUCCGCCGCAUUCGCUACCGUCAACUUCCGGUACGCAGAAUGACAAGAUCGAGGAUGUUCAUUGUGCUUGCAUAUCGAAGCUAGAGACUCAAGUCGAAGAACAGAGGCAAUUACGGCUGCAAGACGCUAGGCAGGUGGAAGCGAAAGCAGCGAGGAUAAAGGAAUGGGUCACUAAUAAGUUGAGAGAACUGGAACAGCAGAAUCAACAUCUGAGAGAGCAGAACAACAAGUGCAACCAGCAGCUCGAGUUGUUGCGCAAUCACAUUACUAAUAUCGGACUCAAACCACCUGCGCCCACGAGAGCGUCGCUGUCGCUGGAAGUAGAUCCCACCUUACGUAUCGAUCGUAGACGAUCGGAAAGCCUAGAGGGUACCCCGCAAACGGCACCGGAGUGCGUGCAGAACAUCGCGGCGGAGCCGCAAGCGAGCACAAAGCACCGGAGACAUUUAUCUGCUUGCGGCACCAUUCAACGAGGAAUUGCAACCGCCAAUAUGGAUUCGAGUCUGCUGUCCGAGGAAUUAGCCGCGGCGGUGGAGAAUCUGGUGAUGCUACCGAAUAUACCCGGUGUUUCGGAGGCGAGCAGAGACAGCGGCAGCUCGGAAGCGUUACAUGACUAUGCUGAGAUAUAUACACCCAGCCGAGAGGGCAUGAACUGGCUGCAGGGAGGUGGACAACCUCGUCCGCCGACCCCGCCAUUGCACAGAUUUCCCAGUUGGGAGGCAAAAAUAUAUCAGGUAGCAGACGGUGGCCUUGGCAUCGGUCCACCGACGAACGAGGAGUCCGCACCCUCCACAAUGACCAACACGAGUUCGUCAAAGCAUUCCCAGGCCACAGGACACAAUUUGACAGCACAUAACUCUCAAGGCUACUGCGAUAUUUCUGUUCCGGUGUACGCCACAGUCAAAGGACGUGCCAGUCAAAUUAGAUCCAUGCCUUUCGGUGACAGCUCCGAUGACAGUUCUGACGGGGAAGAACAUCCGAAUCAAACUGAGACCAAUACCAGAAUUACGAAUAGUUCGUCCGAUAAUACGGAUUCCUCUCUCGGUAGCGGAAGCAGUCCUUCAAAAAGUAUCAAAACCACCAGUAGUCUCAGCCCAGCAAAAAGAAGUUCCAGCGGCUCGCCUAGUAAAAGCGUAAAACAUACUUCUCUCGAGUCAGGAUUGUCCGAGGAUUAUGCAAUACCUCCGGAUGCACUUAGUUCGACAUCUCUAGAAUCCAGCAUGCCUAGUUUGUUGAUGCGUGUUUCCGGCGAAAGUCCAAAAAGGCUGGAAUCCCUCGAAAAGACGGGUCAUCUAGCCAAAUUAGGUGGCAAGUUAAAAACUUGGCGAAAGCGAUGGUUCGUUCUGAAAAACGGUGUAUUAACUUAUUGGAAGAGUCAAAAUGACGUCAAUCGGAAACCUCAAGGCCAAAUAAUCUUGGACGAAGUCUGCAGAAUUAAUAGAGCCGAAGGUGCGGCCACUUUUGAAAUAGCCACCGGUAAGAAGACGUAUUAUUUGACCGCGGAUUGCAUCGCUACGAUGGAGGAUUGGAUAAGAGUGCUACAGAAUGUACAGAGGCGAAACGCGACGAAACUCCUGCUGAGCAAAGAGGAUAACAAGCCGUCGAUACAGGGCUGGUUAACAAAAGUAAAGAACGGCCACGCGAAGAAGUGUUGGUGUGUGCUCAUCGGCAAGAUGUUUCUGUAUUUCAAAUGCCCCGGUGAUACGAAUCCAAUUGGUCAAAUCAACAUGAGGGACGCCCGAGUGGAGGAGGUAGAACACGUGUCGGACAGUGACAGCGAAGAGAGAGACGCCGAGUGUCCGCAUGAGAGGACGAUAGGCAUCUUUCCGACGCAUCAAGGCCCGACGUACCUGCUGAUGCCACACAAACAGGAUAAGGAUAACUGGCUUUAUCACUUGACAGUGGUGUCGGGCGGCGGACCAAGUGCGGGCACACAGUACGAGCAGCUAGUACAAAGACUGAUGGAGACUGACGGUGAUCCCAGUUGCGUGCUGUGGCGUCAUCCCCUGCUGUUACACACAAAAGAGAGCAUCACAAGCCCGCUGACCAGCCUGACCUCCGAAUCUUUACAGACCGAAGCCAUAAAGCUCUUCAAGGCCUGUCAACUGUUUAUGUCGGUGGCAGUAGAACAAGCAGGUAUCGACUACCAUGUGGUUCUAGCGCAAAACGCAUUGCAGCAAUGCCUAGAUCAGCCUGAACUUCAGUCUGAAUUUAUAUGCGCACUGGUAAAGCAGACAAGUCGUCACACGCAACAUCGUUUGGGCGUACAGGUAAAAAAGGCCGCCAGACUUGUGUCACUGGGUACUGCGCGCGUUCAGCUCCUCCUCUGCGCCACGCAAUCGCUCUUCACCUGCGAUACGCAAAGUCCCGCGGCAAACGGCAGCGGUGAAAAUGCGGACGCGCAAUCAACGGCCUCGACUUCUCACAGUCCUCCGCUCACGCAGGGCCACUCGACUUCCACUAUCUUGGACUGCAAAACUAAUCCCGCGCAGUACGUGCUUAUCCAAGGAUGGCAACUCCUAGCGCUCGCCGUGUCUCUCUUCCUGCCCAGGAACAACCGGCUAUUGUGGUACCUGAAAUUGCACCUGCAAAGAAACGCCGACAGCAAAACGGAAUGCGGCAAGUACGCGGCUUACUGCGAAAGAGCCUUGGAAAGAACAUUGCAGAACGGUGGUAGAGAGGUGAAGCCCUCAAGGAUGGAAGUGCUAUCGAUACUGAUGAAGAAUCCGUAUCAUCACUCAUUGCCACACGCCAUACCGGUUCACUUUUUGAACGGCACGUAUCAGGUCGUAAGCUUCGACGGUAGCACCACGAUAGAGGAAUUUUUGAAUACGCUGAAUCAGGAGAUCGGCUGUAGGGAUGUUCAUCAAUCCGGCUUCACGCUGUUUAGCGAUGAUCCGAUCGAAAAGGAUCUCGAACAUUUCAUCGAUCUGCAAGCGAAGUUAUGUGAUAUUAUUUCGAAAUGGGAGACUGCGUUACGAGAGAAGGGCUCAGGAAAAUUCGAGAACACUAGAGUGAUACAAUUGACGUACAAAUCGCGUUGCUAUUGGCGGCAAGCUGCUAAAAUGGAAACGGACAAGGAGAGGCUUCUAUUAUGUUACCAAGUGAAUCAACAAGUUGUGCAUGGAAAGUUUCCUUUAAACCGUGAGCUUGCCUUCGAAUUGGCAUCGUUGAUGGCACAGAUUGAUUUUGGAGAGUACAACAAUGACAAAGCCCGCGGUAGCGGCGCUGGAAGUAAUCCGCAUCAUCUCGUACUACAAGCUUUGGACAAAUUUUAUCCGCUCCGCUAUCGAACAAACAUUACCACCGAUCAAUUGAGGGAAUUGCAGGAGAAGCUGCAGGAGAAGUGGAUCGCUUUGAAAGGACGUAGCGUAUUGGAUUGCGUUCGUAUAUAUCUCACAUGCACCAGAAAGUGGCCUUUCUUCGGAGCUACCUUGUAUCAAGCAAAGCUAAAGCAAAUUGACACUGUAACCGUUUGGAUAGCAGUUUCUGAGGACAGUGUAACGUUGCUCGAGUUACAGACGAUGGCGAUUAUGUGUCGUUACAAUUAUGCGAACAUAGUAACGUUCGGCGGCUGUUUGGACGAUUUUAUGCUUGUUGCUUGUCCAGACGAGGGUGCGGCCGAACAGAAAUUGCUGUUUGCACUUUCUAAACCCAAAAUUUUGGAAAUAACAUUACUAAUCGCUGAUUAUAUGAACGCGCUGGGCCACACGUUACCGGGCACUCCGCAAAUGAACACUCUAACACGCAAUGGAUCACACCGAUCCAUCAAAUCGACUCUGAGACCUGCGACUGGUUCAAGCUGUCUUCCAACUCAACCUGAUAUAUUGAAAUCGACGCCUGAUCACCAAAGACCUUAAAAGCUGGGCUCGUUAAUUUUCGAAAAGACGAUUUCGAAAGAUGGACAUGUUUCUUGGAUACACGCGCGGAGAUCUGAUUACAACGCAUAUUUUCUUUUGUACAAAGGCAGCGUAAAAGUGCAGUAUUAAUAUCGUACAUUGCAACGUGCGGCACAUCAUUUUUUUUCACAAAAUGUAGUCGCAGUCGCAUUCAAAUCAUGUUUGCGUUUACGUCAUGUAUGCAUGUAAAUUAGUAAUGACUUAUAAGACCGUAUCUGUGUAAAUAUACUUAACAAUAAGCGCAAGAGCUAACUACGAAAGGUCGUCUAGGUGGCUUAAAAAGCGGUGACUGAAAUCGAAUCGAAUCGAAUCGAUCUAUAACACUGCCUAAUUAAUGUGCGCGAUUACACAUCGAAUAAUUUGAUCCCGCGGCAAAGUAUCAUGCUGAGACUUUUGCUACUGUAUUUAUAUAUUAAAUUAAAGACAAAACGAGACGCAUAAAAUAUUGCGUAACAGUGACAUAUUCACGUAUUGUGUAUAUAUUAAUCAAAGUUACUAAAUGUUUAGGAGUAUAAUGAGUGACACAGCGAUGCGUUCCUUUCGAAUAAAAUUGUCGCGACCUAAGCAUACAUAACUACAUCGUUAUUGUCAUGUAAUUCGUAACGCAAUUUUUUUCUCAUUUUAUUGGUAACAAUUUUUAUUGCGUUUUUAUUGCUUCUGCCAGAAUUUUAAUUUAAUU